CGCAUAGUUGGAUUGAGUUUGUCCCAAGAAACCGGAAUGUCCCAUUUGGUUUCAGAGCUCCCUACAAAUCUACAAUGGCGGGAGGAGAAGAAGACGACGACUAUAUGGGCGACAUCUCCCUCUUCAUACCGCCCGAAGACUCCACUUUAUCCAAAAAGAAAUUUACCUCGAAGGAAAACGAACAUCCCUUGGCCCCAAAACUGAAAAGGCCAAAAACCCUAUCUUGGCAGGAGCAUCGGCAACUCGAAAAAGAGAGGAAGCAGCGCGAGGAGGACGAGCAGACCAAGGCUCGGCUCGAUGCCGCGAUCCCAGAAUCUAACCUAGGGUUUCGAAUGCUGCGACAGAUGGGUUACAAGCCAGGUACCGCGCUGGGGAAAGAGGGUUGUGGAAUGGCGGAGCCUGUUGGGCUUGAGAUCCGGCGAUCGAGGGCCGGGAUUGGAAGGGAGACGCCAGUGGAAGCGGCGUUGAGGAAGGAGAGGGAAGCGGCAGAGAGAUUGAGGGUUCAAGAGGAGGAUAUGGUAGCAGAUUUUGGUUCACGGCAGAGAACUCGGUGGAAGGAGAAGAAGAUUGUGGGUGAUUAUCGAAAGGCGGAGGUGGCGCUUGCUCAACUGGAGAACAGGGAGGUUUUGGAGGCUAAGAAGGAGGACGAGGAGGACGAGAAUGACAAAGCUGAGGAAGAGGAGGAAGAGGAAGUGGUAAUAACAGAAGAGGAUCUUCGUGAGAUACUGAUGAAGCUAAGGGAAGACCAUUACUACUGCCUGUACUGCGGAUGUCAGUAUGAAUCAGAGGGAGCACUCCAGUCUUCUUGUCCUGGACUCUUUGAAGAGGACCACUGAGACUCAGCUUGCUGGCAGCAUUUGAAAUGCGGACUAACGGUCAGGUUUUGAACUCAAGAUCAAAAUGGCAAACAAGUUUGGAACACAGCGUCAAGAAAUGAUUUAAUCAGCAAAAUUUAGUUUUACAAUUCAUGAAGAAAGCACACAUAAGCCAUCAAUCCAAGUUCUAACUCAACAACAUAGGUGGCUAGAAACUUCCUAUUGAGCACUCGUAGUUCCAAACGAAUACCCUUAAGUGUUUAAAUUCUCUCUCUAAUGACUAUAGAGUGGCAUGUACUCGUCUGAAUUCAAAACUGUUUUCCAUUAGAUGCACUAGUGAUGUAUACGACAUUGUACUAUCAGUUAAUAGAUGACUUAAAUUCUUUCAUCAACAAUAAUAACAAAACUUUAUCA